UUUGAGUAUGUUCAAAAACAACUCCAAAGGCUGCUUUUGUCUUCAUUCUAAUUAGCCGGAAACGGUGAUUUCAUACGCUCAAAGUUGUGCGUAUUAUCGACGUCACUCACGCUACUCAUACACUGUACGUACCCCUUUAAGCUAGGUGUGACAGGGCCUUCAGUGCAGUGUUACUGAUGAAGUCCCAAGUUCUAGGACGAAGGAGUUCACAGCUACGAUAGACCUAUUCCCACCCCUAAUAAGCCAAAUGGACGCUGCGUCAUUCAACGAGGAAUUCAUAUGGAAGGGCAAGGCCGUUGUCGUAAUAUUCCCCACGUCGUUCCUAUUCUUUACGGCACUUAAUCGACUGGUCAGUCAUUACACACCUGAGAAAUGCGCCGGAUACCCAGAUCGCUGGACAACUUACGUUAUAUCCUGGCUACAUGCUGUUCUGAAUGGCUCUCUGGCCUUAAUACUGGUCCUGACAGGCCGCGAGUGGUUUGAGAGCUCUCCCUGGGCGUUCUAUUUACACUGUAUAUCAGCAGGAUAUUUUGCCUACGAUUCUGUUGCUAUGGGAAUCAGUAUGGAACAAAUAGGAAGUUUCGACAUUUAUGCGCAUCAUGUCUUGUGUAUCUUCUUCGUCACGGCUUCGCAGUUUCCCCCAUGCGACCGAGUCACCUUCUAUGUUCUUUGGGAUUACUUGUGUGAGAUAACCAACGUCUUUCUGCACGGAAGAAAACUUUUGGCGAUGUUGGGGCGAAAAGAAUCGACGUUGUACAAGAGGCUCAAUAUGUUAUUUUUCGUUACGUUCUUCAUCUUCCGCUUCUUCCCUCAACUCCUCGUCUUUGUGAUGAUGAACGUUGACGUGUGGUACACUGGCCAGGUGCCGAUGAUUUGUUACGUCAGCGUCAUCCCGCAGCAAACAAUCGUGCUUCUGAUUGGAGCAAAUAUCGCAUAUCAAAUAUUGAAAAGGUCAAGACGUGACCCCAAGAAAGUGACCUCUGAUUGACCAGUGAAUGGGAACAGUAUGAAUCGUGCCCACAAGAGAUAACAUGAUAUAAUCGAAGGAUAACUGAUAAAUGCGUCAAUAAAUAUACACAACGCUACUUUGGUUGAAAAGACAUUUAUAGCCUAUAUAUUUAUUUUCUAAUUCGUUUACAAUUCUAUGCGGUCGACUUGUACCAUUAUUUCAAUUUAUUUUUCUUCUCAGUGUUUCUGUGUAAGGACUAGACAUGAACAAGUACAUGCGGGUGACUGAUGAAAAACGACACGUAGUUGUGAUUUGGUAACCUACUCGGCUGAUUUUCUUUCGAAUUGUUGAACAAUUUCUGAAAAAUCCACAAAAAACUCUUUUUUGUUUUUUUGAGUUUCUUUAAUUCACAGCAGUUUUGCUAGCAUCCACAACUUUUGUAUACUGGAUGUAAAAUUGUGUAGUGACAAGACAUGUGGUGACAGGUGAAUACCAACACGGCAUUGCGAGUCUAAAAGGAACGUGUUACAUUUAUAUUUAAUAUCCAUUUAUGGUUAAAUAACGUUUUGCAUUGGUUUAUAGACAUGGUACUGUUGGAUUGCAUGAAUAAUUUUAAAGUCACACCCCCACACACAAAGAGAGAGAGAAGGAGCUGAUAUAACAAAAAUAUAAGGACGAUGACAUAAGAAGAGGAAUUCCUUUAUUUAUCCAUGCUUCAGUCGUUGACAACAGAUACCAUA